AGAGGCGAGGCGCUGCGCGGCUGCCGGUGCUGGAUCCGCGGGGCUGGGCGGCAGCUGCCCCUGCCCAAGGGGGGCAGCGGUCUGGGCGGAAGGAGGGCGUAGAGUUGCGGUGGGGACCGCCAGGAGCCCAGCACCGUUAUGCCGGUUCCCGCAGCUGGAGUACCACGGCUGUGAGGGAGUUCCAGCCCUGGCGGGACCCCGGGAGUCCGUGCCCGUGGGCUGGGCCGGUUCGGGGAUCGGCGCCCCGAGGAGACUGCGCGGGCCCAGAGCGGCCGGCCGCCGCUGGAGCCGUUAAACGGACAGCGGGCGCGCGGGCUCCGCGACAGCCGAGAGGAGGCGGCGGUCGCUCCCCGUGAGGUAGAGCGGGGCCCGGGGGCAGGAGCGCUGCCAACCCCGGGUGCUCGCUCUCGGCUGCGUCCCGUGGCCGUGCGGACAGAAAAUUUGGAAUGGGAGUACUUUGCUGAACAGAGCAGCACAAGAUGACUUCUGAUUCCUGCACUUCACGGGAGCCUGUCUGCAUUGAUGUUUACAGAGUAUCUGGGAUCCCAGGCGCCCUCCAGAGAGUCAAACCAGGGUGUGAAAUUGUCUCAUUGUGAGAAGGAGCAUCAGGAGGCUUAAACUCUUAAACUACCAUCUCCCUAAAUGCUUUUAGGGUUCCUGCUGCAAAGCCUUAACCAAAAAGUCAAAUCCCAGGGCCACCUAAACACCUCAUCCCUGGACAUGGUGAGGGAGCUUCAGAGCUGCAGGCUUCAAGAUAUCUGCGCCGCUAAAAGGGCCAAGGCAGACCCCACAGGGAUGCAUCCAGGUGAGUUUUGAAUGUCUCCAGAGAAGGAGACUCCACAACCUCUCUGGGCAGCCUGUUCCAGUGCUCUGGCACCCUCAAAGUAAAUGAGUUUCUCCUCAUGUUUAGAUGGAACCUCCCAUGCUUCAGUUUCUGUCUGUUGCCCUCAUCCUAUUGUUGGGCACCACUGAAAAGAGUCUGGCCCCAUCUUCUUGACAUCCAUCUUUGAGAUAUUUAUAAGCCUAAAUGAGAUCCCCUCUCAGCCUUCUCUUCUCCAGGCUGAACAGACACAACUCUCUCAAACUUUCCUUGUAAGAAAGAUGCUCCAGACCCAUUGCUUGCUUCAUUCCAGAUGUAAGCAGGGAUCUAGGAACUCCUACUAAUUCUCAGCAACCAGGCCAAGUUCUCAGCUGUCAGCCCUUGAAAUGGAGGGAAGCAUAACAAUUUUUUGUCUACUUAGUGAUCUAUUAGCAGCUUAUCCAUUGACAUUUGAAGAAACCAUAUGCACAAAUUAUUUAUUUUUGUUAUUUAUUAAAUAUGUACAUAUUUUUUUUCAUCCUAAGGAAUCAUAGAACAUUUGAAAAACUACCUUUUCUCCAAGGUCAUAUAUUUUAAGACAAAGCUAUAUUUAUUUAGGAAGGAUGGCUUGCAAACAUGAUUAGAAAAGAGAUUCUGCUUGCUUAUGCCUUUAAAUUAUUCAUUCCUGGUCAUUCUAUAGAAUCUCAGUCAAUUUUUGUGUGCUACUGGUGUUACAUGAAAAACAUUUGGAAAAGUUUCAGGUGUUUAAAAAUUAUUGGACUCCCUUUCCUUUUUCUUUACUUUCAGGGCUGGAUCAGCUUCAUUACAAGGGGCCAAUAUUUGCACUCAUUAUAGCAAUUGUAAAUAUGAAAUAAAUCCAUUUGUUUCAGUAUGGUUGCUCACAAGAGACUUUGUAAUGUAAUCCUGCAGUAUUUGGCUCUAGCAGAUCAGUACAGAAUAGAUCUCUGAAGGAAAAAGAGAUUAAAUUUUAAUACUAUUUAAAAUUAAUAUUAAAAUUGCGCUAUUUGUGUCCAUUGUUCCAAGUGAUCUCAUUUUGAAGUCUGGGGUAGAAGCAAAUUCUGUGUACACAGUUGAAGAGCAGGUAUCCAUUAGUGUUUUUUGUGGGCUUUUGCAGACACCAAUAUUAAAAGUAUUAAACUCUCCUUUGUCCAGAAUUAAAUAUUUUUUUGCAUGUGUGUACUUUUGGGAGGAAUUUAUCAUUGGUGUAUGUGUACUUACAUGUCAUUAUUAUCAUAGUCAUCAUAACUAUCAUCCACGUAUGCUUACAGACCUAUCCACACAAAGCUCCAUAUAGUGAAUGGUGUAGUUUGGAAUUGGUCUUCAAAGAUAGAUACAACCACAGCAGAAAAGGGAAGGCUCUGCUGCUGCACAUUUCUUACUGCAUUUCAAGUAGUGACAAUGAGAUGGCUGCAACCCUUUGUGCUUGCCUUCCUCCCUGGUGGAGUGGUAAAGGACCACCAUCUUGUCUGGGACAAGAUACACACUUUCCAGCACCACAAAUGACAGCUUUGUCCUUUACCACUCCAUUUUCAAAUGACCUGGUUUGCAAAUCUUGAGUUAUUUUGGGGUGGAAGGUGAAGCAGUCUUAAUCAUUAUGUCGUAUCAAUCAUUAUCAUAUAAUAUCAUGACAGAGACGAUGGUCUUUGGGCCCCUAGAGCCAGUCUUCUGAUUGAGGGCUGAUCUAGACAGAGGGAGUAGAACAAGCAUGCUUGCAACAUAAACCUGGGUGAAUUUUUCAGACAAGGAAGUAUAAUGGCUCUUGUAGAGCACCAAGUUCUUGUAUUUCUAAUGUGUUGAUGACCUGUAUGUUAUUUUUCUUUUCCAGAAUUCAUUAAAAUUACUUAGCAAGCAAGUCUUGAGAAAUCAAAUUUUGACAUUUUUUCCAAUGAACUCACCUGAGCCAGUGGUAUUUUAAUUUAUCUCAUUUCCAGUCAGGGAUAUUUAAUCAUAGGCUUCCAUAUGAGUCGUGCUUCAAACACUAAGAUACCCUGCUGAGUUCAUAGUGCAAUAGAAAACUUUGGUUUACUUAACUCAAAACCAGUGUGUGUGUGUGUAUAGCAAAAUCUGGUUUUAUAUUGCUUUUCUGACCCUUUCAUUCAGUACUAGUAAUGCAAUCAAUCACUGCAAAUGCAGAGGAAGUGCAGUUACGGCUUAGGCAAUAAUGUGCUUGAACCUCUGAAAAAAGAAACUAUUUUCUAAAUACGCCUGUCAGAACAUGCUGUUGCCCAGAGUUUCAUGCCAUUCACUAAUAUUCCCCUGUGCCUGAGGAAUUACUUUAAAUAUGUUUGCCAGAAAUUGGGAAUAUUUUGUUUAAAAGGAAUAUUGAAAACAGUAAACGUGCAAAUUUUUUAUGUAGCAGACCUUUCCUUACCACCAGGACUAGUACAGCACAAGCACUGUGACAGCCCCUUGCUGGCUGCUCAUUCACUCCCAUCCCACUGAAAGACUUGCACGCCUAUGUGGACUGAAACCUCUUUCAGCUGAAGAAAUUAAAGUUAGAGACAUAUAUUGCUACGAAAUAUACUAAUGUGAAAGUAAUACAGAGGAGGCUUCAUUUUGAUAAUAACAGCCUAUUACUUCCAAUUUCUAUGUAUUAUACCCUGAGAUAUUUUGGAAAGAUAAAGGCACUCCAGCUCCAGUAGGGAUUAGGAAAUGGGAAACAGAAUCAUAGAAUGGUUUGUGUUGGAAGGGACCUUAGAGUUCAUCUGGUUCCAUCAUCCAUUGUUGUGCAAUCUGCUGGAGUUAUAUCCAGUUCUGUUGCGCUGAAACACCCAUUUAACAAGGCAGUGAAGUGAAUUGAGCUUGUGGGUUUUGUUUGUUUGGUCUGGUUUGUUUUCGUUGCUGUUGUCUCCAAUCUAGGCUGGUGGGUUGUAAAGGAAACAGACGGGAUGUUUCUUAAUAUUCUUUGUGUCAGUGUCAUGGAUCAAUGUGAUUUUGUGUGGGUUUUUUAUGUCUUGUAGUGAAAUGCACAUUGCUUUAACAGGUUUGUAUUUGAAAGGUAAUAAUGGGACCCAUUAUGGUUUCUUGAACAUAACUGCACUUCAAGAUCACUUUGUGUCUCCUUUCUGUAACAGUAAUGUGGAAAACAAAAGGAACUGCAAAACAGGACUUUGUUACUGCUCUUACCUGCUUGGUACAUGUCUUUUAAUGGCAUUUACUUUGAAUUCUGUCAAGAAAAAGCUGUAACUGUUUGUCAGCUUUUGAAAAGCAAUGUAAGUCUAGCAGAGUGAGGGAAAUUAAUGCAUCUUCUUUUGUAUUUUUUUCUGGAUUCUAAGAAAUAUCAGAUAGUUCCUGUAUUAGAGAUUCAUUUUACCUUACUUUCUGCAUUGAUAAAUUAGGCAUCUAAUUUAAGAUACUCCCAUGUGCUCUCUAGGUACCCUCAGGUGGUGAAUCACCCUUUCUAUCCAAGAAGUGUAUUUUAGGAGAAUGAGUCAUUCUCCAGAAAUGCCCACCUGCUUCCAGCAUCUCUCAAAGAGGACAAGCUUAGGCUGGGGGGGCUAACUUUUGCAUUUCUAAAGUGUGGUAAGAUGAAGCUCAUUUUUUCCUUCCCCUUCCAGCUAUGAUGUCUUUAUUGCCAUGGUCAUGUUUGUUUUAAAAAGAGGGAAGCACAGAGUUAUACUGUGAUUAUUCCAUGGCACUUAUUCUACAGUUUUGCUGAAUUGAAUCCUAUGUGAGCAGGGAAAUGAGAUAUCUCAUAUGGCAUUCCUGCUGUGUUUUGAAUAUACGCGAUGAUCUUCUCUACUCAGAGAUAUAAAGUGACAGUAGAUUGCUUUAGUUUGAGUUUUGACUGGCCAGAGUUGUCUCUUCUUGCUUCCUUCUUGCUUCUCGUUAAGUGCGUGAACAACAGAACAAAUAAGCACCUUGUUCCUCUCUGUAUGACAUUACUUAAAGCUUGCAGAUGACCUUCAAGUUUUUAGGUGACUGUUCUCAGACUCUCCAGUGUGAUUCCUAUGAAUGGCACUGCACACACUCACCCUCACCCUCUUAUUGGGACUCAUCACAUUUUAGUUGCUUUCAGUAACUUGAUUCAAUAAUUUUGCCUGUAGCUAACUUACCAUAUGUUUGUAUCAUUACUAUAAGAUUUUGACUUUCAAAUGUUGAAAAAAUAAGUCAAAGCUUUUGUUAAGGUAGAUAUUCCAGUCUGAUUAUUAUUAUGUGCUGCUACCAUCAAAUUCUGAAUUUAUUACUUGUAUUGUUAAUGUUAUUUAGUUACUAUUGUACUGCUUUAUAUCACUCCCUGUUAUGGGUAUAUAAUAUUAUUUUGGCUAUUUUUUUUAGAUUAAUAAAACAAAAUACAGCACAUAGAAAAGCUUAUCUAAAUGUUUUUUUCUUCGCUCCAAGCUGCCUCCAGCAGCAUUUCUCUCUUUCAUCCAUCCUCUCUGAGAAUAUUUUUAAUACCUUCAGUAAAUCAGCCUUUCAAUUCCACCUACAGAGAAUUGUCCUCACAGUCUGAGACCUAAAUAUAGUUACAACACAGCUUGUAAUGUACUGUGGUUCAUGAUUACUGUAAUAGUUACUGUAAUGUACUACGGGACUGCGGUACACAGCCCAGGUUACUUUAACCUAGUGCUGUGUUAAAUAGGCUAAAGAAAUCCUGUCAAAUGUCGUAGCAUAUGGUGUUAUUCUCAGCAAGCCUGUGGGCUAGGUGAGAUGAAUUUCUAAGAGCUCUUCCCAAGCUUUAACAAGCUGCCAUCCACACUGGCACUAACUGGCAUUCACGUUUGCAGUCUCUUCAAGAAGGGUUUUCUGCAAGGUCUGUUCAGGGCACUGAAAUGGUUCUUCAUCUGUUGAUUACAGGUCGAAAUGGGAGUCGCUAACCAGGCAGGAGUAAGGACUCAGGAACUUCUUCCUUGCCAGAGAUGCUAAAGGGCUAAGCUUUUUUUUAGCUCAUGCACCAACUGGUAAAUUUGUUUGAAAAUUGUUGGAGCUGCAAAAAGCAAUUUUUUUCUAAAAACUGCUUGUGCACGAAGAGGCAGUUUCUAUUCUUUCAAAGUAGCUUUACUCUUUCAGCAAAGGUAAAGGUGAAAGUGGACAGAAAUACAGACAAAUGUUACCUUAUCCUGUUAUAUGGAAGAAUCACAAUGGAAAGGAUUACCGUGUUUCUGUGAACACAAUCCUAUUAAUGAACAUCAGCCAUAUUGUGUAAAUGAGCUAAUUUGUGCUAGAUAUAGCUGCGUAACUCCCACUGAAGCCACCAAAGUCACAGAGCUAAAUUCGUACCCCCACUGCAGGAAUGCAGUGAGGAAAGUUUUGCUAAAUUCCUAAGCAAGCUGUUGCAUCUGAGUAAAAUCCUCAAGAGCACCAUGUCCAGGGUCUGCUGCACCUCCAGGGGGAGAGAAGAAGAUAAGGGCACUGGUGAAGUGACAGACAGAGCCAGUGAAAUAUUCAUGGCCCAUGGCUGGCCCUGGGAGCCAGGCUGGCUGCUGUGGCGAUCUUGGCUUGUCUCUGGGUGGGCAGCUCACCCCAGAAAUAGCAAAACAGUAGGCAAAAGAGAGAGAGUGCUCUCAGCUUCCUUUCCAUGUAUUACACCUCUUCCUGAGGCUGUCUUUCUGUUUUUCAUAAGGUAGCACCAAUGACUUGUUUGCGAACUUUUUGACAGCUAUUUCUUCAUCCUAGCUAACCUAAGUAACCGGCACUGGAAACCUACGGAUAGAGGAGAAGUAUUUUGCUUCCAGGUAUGAGGAACCCAAAGCACCUCAUUAGCCAAUUGCACUGCCGUUUUAACCUCAGUUAUUGCACUGUGUCAUGGCAUACAUUGCCAUUCGUUACAGUUUCAUCCAUAAAGGGUGACUGUGCUUCUGUAUGCUUGUAAUAGUCAGGCUUAAGACAAUUUGAUAAUUUCCUUUAAUUGGAGUGGAUUUGUUUCAUGGUUUCAAAGUAGAUUUCUGAAGUUAUCAAACAACAGGUGAUUUUUCAAAACUUAACAUCAAUCAAUUUUUUUAUAUUAAUUUCAUAUAUUGCUGCUAUUAAGCUAAGUAGAAAACGUAGUGGUUAACUUGAGAUGAACUACUUUACUACAAACUCUACUACUGAUUAGAGAUGUCAAAGUCCAAGGUUAGGAGGGCCUUCAGCAACCACUAAUGUUCUCAGAAACUGAUAGUAAGAUCCAGCUGCCCGUAUCAGAAAAACCCCAGGGUUUUUCUCAGAACUUGAUGUGUGCUCGUGCUGUUACCACCCUUUAAUAUGUUUCUGGUACAGAACAUACAGAACAUCACGGGCCUUGCCUGGUCCUUGCAAAUGAUCACAGAUUGUUUAGCUGUACUGUAAGGUCUCAGCACUGCUGCUCUUGUGGUCUCCAUUGAACAUAAGAGGUGCAGUAGGCAGCACAUCAUCAUUUAACAUCUUGCCUUUUGAAUUCUUCUGGAAAAGUAUAAAUGAGGGUAGAAGAGUUUAGACUAUGUAUUUUUUUUUUAAAUCUUUCACUGUGUUGUAAUAUCAUUCAUUGCCUUUAGUUAACAUCAUCUAUUCAUAUUGAGAACAAAGCUGCAUGUUACCUUACUGGGAAUGUGCUGGGCCAUCUUUGAUAUAGGAAUGAAGGAGCUUUAUAGGAUUUUGUAAAAAGAGUGGAGGUGGGCAGGCAAGAUUCUGUCUUUAGGCUUUGUGCAGGAAACGACCUCCAUUCUUUCAAAAUGUCCAGGAAAAUUUAACCUAACAUCAAUACCUAUUGGCAACUCUGUGAAGCAAAGCAGUAGCUACCAUUAUGGAGGAACGUAGCAAGAAAGCUCUGCAUAUUCUUAGAAGACGGGUGAAAACAAGCUUUCUUAAGCAUUUCUUCUUGAUAAAAUCUGACAUGUAAUGCAAGCCUAAUGUGAGGUUUUGUGUGCUGAUGAAGCCAGUUGAGACACAAGCUGGAUUGAUUUGAAGUGAAGAAGUAGGGCUUUUAGAGCUUUUGCCAAGGUUUACACUUCAGAUAAAAUAUUGUCAGCUAGCCAUGAGAACACUGGUAAUAGGCAGGUUCACAAGACUGAUGUAACCUUAACUCUGUGUAGCUUCAUGUAGGGUGAAACCAGAUGUUUGCAGAAAAGACCCCAGCAUUCCUAUAACAUCCAGAAGAUUUAUUUUCUAAUUAGAGAACCAGAUAUUAAAUACCUAUAUUUUUUCAUACAUAUUCAGUAGACCAUGUAUGUAGACAUUGUAUGAUGCUUUUCUAAAUGAUGACACCUUAAAUCAGUUUGCACAGCAGUCAAACUGUUGACACAUCUGCCAAACAAUGACUUAAACACCGUUGUAGAUAAGGAGCAUUGUUUUUUUUCAGAAGUAUGAGGUAGGGCUCUAGGGAGAUUUUCUUCUCAUUCUGAGAACUGCCAAAUAUGAAACAAAAUUUGUUCUAUAUGAAACAUGGACUGAAUACAUUACUGUCAAAGCAGUUAUUACUGGUUUACCUUGAUGUACUUCUGAACAGAAAUUGACGCUAUACAUUCCGUCUGGGUGGGUGCUAAAGAUGAACAGAUGGAUGCUUUUUGCCACGUUUUAUCUUAGGCAUUGAAUAAAAUGGUAAUGACGUCUUUAACUACAACAAUUUCUCUAACUGGAAGUCUCAGAAAUAAAAAAUGUUAAAUCAGUACGUAUCUUUUCCUAGUUUAUAAGCUAUUCUGGUUUGCCUCUUGAGGACUGAACUUUUCUGCUUUACAUGCAACUCUAAAUUCACUUUUUAUUAAUAUCACCAGCUAGGCUAGACUUGGAAAGGGCUAAUUAUUCUUCUGCUUGAAACCACAGGCAAUGUUUGGCAUUAUGCUGAAGUGAUUUAUCUCCCUCAGAUUAAACUGCAUACUUUGGGUGAACACUGGGUUGUCACUAGCAUCUCAAUCAAAUAAGGAGCAGUCAUGAUGUCCUGAAAGUUGGUGUUUGUGGUUUUUGUUUUUAUUUUUAUUUUUUUUUUUUAAUUUUUAUGGCAAGUGAGAGUGCAGAACUUUCUAAUGAAGGAAUGAGAAAAGCAGAUGCUGAUUUGAUAGGAAAAUAUUGCACAAAAUUUACAGGAAGGCUGAGCAGCUUUCAAAGAUUAUGAAACUUUUCUCUGUUAAGAUUGCUAUGUAUAAUAGGUUGCUAUGUAUAAAAGAUUUUCCAAUGCCUCAUUUGCUUAUUUAUAAACUGUUAUAAUUUUUCCUUAAAAUUGAGUUCAUUAUUAAGUGGGGAUGCCAUUGAUUUUUGAUGGAUUUCUACUAAUGUAGUCUUUUAUGAUAAUAUUAAUGAGAUAGCCUUUAAUGGUUGGUUUCCUGGAUUGCCAAUACAGUCUCUGUAUACAGUGUGUGUCAAAGUGUCAGACAGAUGAUGCAAAUUGUGCAAAGACUGUGACACUACAAAAUUAGCUAACCUAUGCUUUUGAUAUUUUUAUCUUCCAUGUGUCACAUUUUUUAAAGAGGUUACUAGUCUUGCUAGAAUUGGCACUGACAGAGGGUGACACCAUCACUGAAAUAGAGGUGGCGAAAAAUAUCUGCUUAUUUUAGCUAUUUGACCAUGUGUUUUUUCUCUCGAGGUCCAUCUGCUGCCACUGGCUCAGAAAUCUGAUUUAGAUGCACUGCCUUGCCCUUCCAUCCCCGAAACUGCAUAAAUGCAGUACUGAAUCACAAUCUUAAAUCUAAGUAGGUGGAAAAAGCAUUUCAUUACACUACAGUUCGAAUUUUUCAAUUUCCCUUCCCUUGCUUCUGGGAAGCUUGAGUGCUUUGCUAUUCUAGCAGUGGGAUUAGAUAUAAACCUUAAAAAGCCUUCUUUCUUUGAAGGGGGCACUACGGGUUGCCUGGCUUUCGUUCUGGUCUCAACUUGCUUUAGACACAGUCAUUCAUCUCCAGUUUGCUUCAGCUGAGUGCAAAACUUGGCAGAAGUAAAUUCCAUCUUGCUGUUUAACUGCCUUUUCAUGUCUCACCAACGCUGGUUUCUCUGCCCACGUUUCUCCCCCAGCUUGUCUGCAUCACCUCCCUGACACUUCUUGUAUCAACUCUGCCUACACUUGCUGGCAAGGGCUGCAAAAUCCUCUUGUCUUUGACACACUGUUAAGGGGGCUGGUACCAAAGCAACAAGGCAAAAAGGCUGUGGCCAACCUUGGGGCAUCCAUUCAAACUUCCAGGAGCCUGCCCUCAUUGUCUUCAGCUCAGCGCCUAUCCUCUCAGGCUAAGCAAAAGAGUCCUUGUUAAAUAAAGUUUCCCUAGAUGAGCAGGGGCCACAUAUACCAUUAUAGACCAGUCUUCUUGGGUGUGUGGGUCCCUCAUUAUGCAAGCAGAAAGAACUGCUGUGACAGUGGAGCUGGAGAAACAUCAGGAGUGAUGUGUCUUACGAGCACUAACAUCCCUUGGCCAAACAGGAGAGUCCCAUUGUCAAGGGUUAAGAUUGCGGGGUAGCAAUAAAACCCUGGCUGAUGUAUUGUUAACCCCCUCUCCCCCCCCACUUCCCCCUUUCUGCCCCUCCCUCUCCCCCCUUCCCACUCAGGACAGGUGAUUGGGAGGCAAAGAAGGACAGAGAGAAGAGAGUUGGAAAAAUUAACAAUGUUUUACUAAUGCUACUAGUAAGAGUAGAGAAAAUAAUACAAAAUAUACAAAACCAAUCUUGAAAGUCUCAGCAACUGCAGAGCCGGCACCCGAAGUCCUGGAUUGGACUCUGCAGCCAACCGGAGCUGGAUUCAGUCUCUCACUAGGCCUCAGUUCGCAGGGACGACUAGCAAGAUCCUCUCCUAAUGUCGGCCAUAAGCAGAAGGGAAAAAGCAAAGGCAAAAGGGCAAAGGGAAAAGGGAGCAAAAGGGACGAGAUCCUCAUGAUCUCCCACUUUUAUAUGAAGUAUUCACGUGAAUGGAAUGUUAUACACAGUUGGUCAGCUUCUUGGUCACCGGUUUCUCGUUGCCCCUCUCGCGAGAUGUCCAUCCAUGCUUAUCAAUAAGUUUGCAUUCCAUUGCUAGGUGUACCAAAACAUGUGUCUGGUUCUCCAGGAAAAUGCAGUUAAUAUGAAGGCUUUAGCUGACAGGCAAAAUUCACUGAAAGAGAAACUUGUUUUUAACAAAACCAGGACACCCAUCUUCACAUAUUCCGUGCCAGACUAAGAACCUCUUCCUACCAGCAAAGAGACACUGAUAAUACCCAGCUAUCAGCUUGUGAUGUGGCAAGUGUCACACAGUUCCCUGUCCUUUUUCCCUAGUUUUCUAUUGUAACAACAGGCUCUCUGCCUGGGUAUCAGGUCCUGAGUGUGAAACAUGCAAUUGGAUGCUUUCCUGCCUUUUGGUGGAUUUUUCCUAAUGGUCUGGCUGCCUCUGCCAUGAACAGUACACAAUCUGCCAUGACCUUUGUGAAGCCGUGGGAUGAACAGGACAGGGCAGUCAGAGCUGCUCUAGACAUCAGAGCUGCUCUGGUCCCCAGAGCCACCACAGAGCCAGCUCGUGGGCACAGGACACCUUGUAUGCCAUGAGGGUCCUUUAUGUCUAUAUCCCUCAAGGGCAAGGCUACUCUCGUCUGUGCUCCCAGACGUGAUACUGUCUGGUAUCAUGGACAGCAGUACUCAAAGGCCUCUUCAUCUUUUUACUCUUCGCCUUCCACAUAUCAUGCCCAUAGAAAUGUCUUUUUAGGACCUACAUUCUGGGGCACAGAAGAAGUCUAUGACAGAGGGCUGGUGGAAACAAGCAGCUAAAUAUCUCCUUGCUGGGCAUCUUUUAUGAAUUUCAGGUCUGGCUGGGGGAAAGGAGCUUUGCUGAUGUCCAGAGGGGCUGCAGUGACCAAAACCUGGCUCCCUAGCAGGAGAUUUAAAGGGAUCUUGUAGCUGAGAGAAGUGGAUUUCCUGUCAGAAACCUCAUAAAGUUUUCAGUGGGAAGGUAGAUAUGGUGUUAACCUCAGAAUGGGAAAUGUAAUCCUAGCCCUUGAGAUAAGAGGUAUUGAGCCCUUCAGAUAGGAGGUAUUGAUGUUUUUACAACUGAAAUCUUUGCCGCUCUGUUCUGGUGUGUCCCACCUGGAUUUAUCCCAUCUGUGACCCUGUACUGCUUUCCAGACACUUUCUGGGCAGAAAAAGUGUUCUUGAUGGGUUCCUUGUUGGCAAAUGGUAUAGUAUGGGAGAUUUAUGAGUGUUAUUCUGUGGCUCUCCUCAAAUAGCAGGGAGUUGGGAUCAAGCACAUGUGAAACCAUGAGGCUUUCUUGAGCCAGCUCAAGCCAUUUGGGUGCUGAAGCCUCCCCUUUGUUUGAAGUGUUGGGUCUAAAUGCCAGCCAGAACAUACCCUGGCUAAGCUAGAGCCGUGCAUGGGCUGUUUGGGCAGGUGGCCAAGGCCUCCUUAGAAUUACAGCUGGCAAGAGGGGUCAAGGACAGCAAAAAAAACUUUUUCAAAUACAUAGCAGAUAAAACUAAUACCAGAGGCAAUGUAGGCCCACUAAUGAACAGGGUGGGUGCCCUGGUGGCAGAAGAUACAGAGAAGGCAGAAUUACUGAAUGCCUUCUUUGUCUCUGUCUACUCUGCCGGAGGCUGUCCUGGGGAGCCCUGUACCCCUGAGACCCCGGAUGAAGCCAGGUCAAUGGAGGAGUUUGCUUUAGUUGAUGAGGACUGGGUUAGGGAGCAAUUAAAUAGUCUGGACAUCCAUAAAUCCAUGGGUCCAGAUGGGAUGCAUCUGCAGGUGCUGAGGGAGCUGGCUGAAGUCAUUGCUGGACAGCUCUCCAUCAUCUUUGCCAAGUCUUGGGAAACGGGAGAGGUGCCCGAGGAUUGGAGGAAAGCAAAUGUCAUUCCAGUCUUCAAAAACGGCAAGAAGGAGGACCCGGGUAAUUAUAGACCGGUCAGCCUCACCUCUGUCCCUGGGAAAGUAAUGGAACAGCUUGUUCUUGGUGCCAUCUCAAGGCAUAUCAAGGAUAAGAGGGUUAUUAGGGGCAGUCAGCAUGGCUUUACCAAGGGUAAGUCAUGCUUGACCAACCUCAUAGCCUUUUAUGAGAAUGUAAAAAGGUGGAUGGAUGAUGGCAGAGCGGUGGAUGUGGUCUACCUUGACUUCAGUAAAGCCUUUGACACAGUCUCCCACAGCAUCCUCACAGCUAAGUUGAGGAGGUGUGGUCUAGACAAUAGAGUAGUGAGGUGGGUUGCAAACUGGCUUAAGGAGAGAAGCCAGAGAGUGGUAGUCAAUGGUGCGGAGUCUAGUUGGAGGCCAGUAUCUAGUGGAGUGCCUCAGGGGUCAGUACUGGGGCCAAUAUUAUUCAUUAUAUUCAUUAACGAUUUAGACAAGGGAAUAGAGUGUACUAUCAGCAAGUUUGCUGAUGACACUAAGCUGGGAGGAGUGGCUGACACGCCAGAAGGCUGUGCUGCCAUCCAGCGGGACCUGGACAGGCUGGAGAGUUGGGCGGGGAAUAACCUGAUGAAAUUUAACAAGGGAAAGUGUAGAGUCCUGCAUCUGGGCAGGAACAACCCCAGGUUCCAGUAUAGGUUGGGAAAUUACAUAUUAGAGAGCAGUGUAGGGGAAAGGGACCUGGGGGUCCUGGUGGACAACAGGAUGACCAUGAGCCAGCACUGUGCCCUUGUGGCCAGGAAGGCCAAUGGCAUCCUGGGGUGUAUUAGAAGGGGGGUGGUUAGUAGAUCGAGAGAGGUUCUCCUUCCCCUCUACUCCGCCCUGGUGAGACCACAUCUGGAAUAUUGUGUCCAGUUCUGGGCCCCUCAGUUCCAGAAGGACAGGGAACUGCUGGAGAGGGUCCAGCGUAGGGCAACGAAAAUGAUUAAGGGAGUGGAGCACCUCCCUUAUGAAGAAAGGCUGAGGGAGCUGGGUCUCUUUAGCUUGGAGAAGAGGAGACUGAGGGGUGACCUUAUUAAUGUUUAUAAAUAUAUAAAAGGUGAGUGCCACGAGGAUGGAGCCAGGCUCUUCUCCAUGGCAAACAAUGAUAGGACAAGGGGUAAUGGGAUCAAGCUGGAACACAAGAGGUUCCACUUAAAUUAGAGAAGAAACUUCUUCUCAGUAAGGGUGACAGAGCACUGGAACAGGCUGCCCAGGGAGGUUGUGGAGUCUCCUUCUCUGGAGACAUUCAAAACACGCCUGGACAUGUUCCUGUGCAACCUCAUCUAGGUGUUCCUGCUCCAGCAGGGGGAUUGGACUAGAUGAUCUUUUGAGGUCCCUUCCAAUCCCAAACAUACUGUGAUACUGUGAUACUGUGAUACUGUGACACUGUGAUACUGUGACACUGUGGCUACUACCAGCCCAUAAAACACACCGCAUCUGAGCUCUCCUGGACCUCUUUUCAGUGGAAUCCUUUUUCCUGGGUUUCUCUUUAGCUUAUCUCAGUGCUUUGCAAUAUUUGUAAGUAAAAUUUGAGUGUUUUUUUCCUAUAAAAUCCCUUCAAAUAGUGGAUAUAAUCUGACAGAUCAUAUAACAGAUUUUCUGAACUAAAAUGCUGAUGCUGACUAAAGCCAUUAUAAUCCUUCUCUGUGCAAGUACUAUUAAUGAGGUUUACCACAAACAAGUGGUGCGUGCUCCAUUGCUCUUUCAAGUCAGGCAGCUAACUGGUUUCAGUAGAAACCAAAAUAUAGCAGUAACAAAAGAAGAUUUGCAACUUAAAGGCUGUAUCCUCCCACAAACAUUUAAAAACACUAAACAAACACCUCUGUGACUGGAAAUUAAAGUAAACAUGGCUUCUUCAUGGAAGAAGUCCAGUAAGGAGAUUACCUGUCUGAAGAUUAGUCAAUUAGAGUUUGAAAACAAUUGGGAAAAUCUUUUAAAGACAUGCCUCAGUUCAUCAAGCCCCUCUGAGAAGCAGGAGAUAGUGACUGUGGCAAAGGUCACUGAAAUAGUUAUCUGUGUUUGCCCUGGGCUCUUCUCAAAGUCAGAGCCAUGUGCUCAUGGCCCCCUUCAGCUUAUCUCCAGUGCAAUCUAUGGUACUUUUUUUCUGCUCCUCACUUUCCUUCAAAAUCAGAGCGAGUGAAAUUACAGAUACCGUACAGUAAGUCCAAGGAUAAAAUGUGAAUCACUUUCUGUUAUAAGUCUAAUUCUGACUGCUUCAUCCCCACGCAAUCAACAAAUGAUUGCUUUUUUUUCCUUGUUUUUUAAAGUAUUUUCCAUCUGAAAUUGGCAGGUAGAGCAGAGCUGUAGCCAGAGGUACAUUUUUCUGGAAAAUGUUCAAUGUAAUUGGACAAUGCCCAUUUUACAGAAAAGAGACUCUAAAACCCUCUAGGUGUUUCUUUUUUUUGAAAUACCUUGUGAUAUUUUCUAUAAAAAUCCUAUCUCAGAACCAGCUUGACCUAGAAAUGUCAAUAUAUUGGAGAUUCUUGCUAGUGUGGAUUUUGGCAGUGCAGAGUGUCUCAGCAGGCUUUAACAACAUUGCCAAAAGUCCUGUGGAGAAAAUUAAUCUCUAGCAGAGCCAAAUUGUUUCAGAAAAUAAUCCAGGGGCUUAGAUGAUUUGCCAUUGUCAAGCAUCUUCAGCAAUUAUAACCUGCCUUGCUCCCCUUCUCAGCCUUUCUGGCUGUGCGCUUGACUCCAAAUUAUUUCCCAUGUCAGCAUCAUGUCUCUUGUAUGAUUGAGAGUGUGGUAGGAGGCAAAACCAUGAAGAUUUUUGGUUAAGGUAGGGCAGAUUUCACUACAGAAAGGCUACAAAAUUGGGCAGACAGCUUUUAGCAUUUUCACUUGCUACAGUAAAACUGCAAAGGAGAAAUCUGGGUCCCAUUUGGCAUCACGGGGCUUAGGGAGAAAGGUUGAGUGAGUCAGUAGUAAAUAAAUGGGGUAUGUGGCAAGACAACAGGUGGCUGUAUCAGCAAGAAUAUACACGACCUUCUGUUGUUCCUCUGAGCUUCUGUUUCACAGAAAGCUCUAAUCAUUUUGGGUAAAUAGAACUAUAACUAUGGAUAGACAAAAAGGCAUAAGAAGGAAAUUAUUCAGUGGGCAGAGAAAGCAAGCCUGCUCUCUUCAGCUUUUUUCCAUCUGUUGGUCUCCAUUGAGAAACUGAAAAGGCAGCUGCUGAGGAGUCCUGAUCUGCUGGCAAUCCAAACUGACUAUUUGAUUUGCUUUUGUACAGUUGCAGUGCUGAAUCUCCGUGUUCCAACAGGAGCUGGGUUUGUUAUUUCAAGGCUUUUUUAGCCUUCACAGCCAUUGAUUUUCUCCUAAGGCUUUAGUUUUCAAAAUAUGCUGUAAUCUAACAUAGUAUAAAUCUAAAGAUUAUCCAAAUUUAGAGAACUUUAAGCUUCAGCGGGGGAGUAGAAUGAUACGAGAGUUUUCAGCUUGUGCUAGCUUUUUGUAGCUUUAAGUUGCAGAAAUAAUAAUAGUAUUUAUAAGAGUCAGCAAGGGGCUGUAUUAAGAACGCAUUUCAUGGUUGUGAAUAUGCUGUCCAUGUAGUUUUGUGUGUGAUUCAUUCAGAUUCAUCAUGUGAGGCUUUUAAAAAAAAAAUUUGCAACUGUUCUUCAUGUCAGAGAAAUCCACAUAUUUAUUUGUCCUGAGGCCCUCAUUUCUGUGAACCUCUAACACCAGGUUGAAACACAUCAGGCUGAUCUGACUGAUGUUAAUUUGAACUUUCCCUGCUCAUUUCUUACAUUGUAAUAGUUACAGCACAACCUCAUCACACGUGCCAAGAAAAGACAUAUUGCAGAGAACCACACAGAAGGAAAAUGUUGCCUUCUCGUCCAAAGGAGAUCUUGUCUCCUGGAUUCAUACUUUUAGAAAUCAAAAUCAGAACAGAAGUAAAUGCUGGCCUCAUUUUCACUUACAAAAUGUCCAAGUCCCCAGAAAUCAUACUAGAGGUCACUGAUGUCUUGGGGGACCUCCUCAUUCAAACCAAUGAAAAAAAUCUCAAGCCUCACUAUUUUCUGAAGGCUUUUUGAGGUACAUGUGAGUUCCACAGAACCUAUCUGACCUGCCUCUGACUGGCCUCACAACACCUGAGCUUGAAGUCAGUAUGCAGGUUGUCCAACACGUGGGAAAAGCUGUAUCACUUUCAACAGAUCAUUAUGCCAUUAAGGCAUGAUCCAGGGCAACUGGUAAUUGCUAUAAUGCUGGAUUGUUGUUCCCAUAGAUCUUUUGAAGAUGAGCAAAGAGGGGAAUAGAAACUCAGAGAAAUAAGUGAAAAAAAAAAAAAGAAAAAAAAAAGGAAAAAAAGAGAAGGAAAUUAUUUUUGCAACUACAUGCAGUAGAAGAUUUCCAGGCCAGUAGAUCCUUCCUCUUAGAAUCCAGAGAAUCUUCCAAAUCAGCUGUAAAAAGAAAAUCAGAGGAGUUGCCCUGACAAGAUGUUUAGCAUUUGCAGCAGCAUGUAUAGUAUAAAUACUUGAAUAGCACAAAUUACAGCAGGGAUACCACUUACAGACCAAAGAUUCUUCUACUUCCAUGUAUUCCUUAUGGUUGGGAUACUGAAACCGGUGUUUUAACUAACUAUGAAGUCAUAUUUUUCUGUUAUUUUUUUCUUAGACAGCUAUGAGAAGAAACCAAUGUGAAAAAUACAUACUUUCCUCCAAAAGUGAUAAAUGGUGGGUUUUGGAAUAUAAGCUGGUAUAUUGUGAAAGGAAUCAAUAGUCAAGAAACAAGGGGUCAGAAAUGUUUUUCUUUUCGUGUUUAAAACAGAAAAAGAUUAAAAAUUCUCCAUCCCUAUAAUAAAAUUCCACAAUAUUUUACAAUCAUCUAAGAGAUGCAGGAUGCAAAUCUAUGACAAAUUUCACAGUAACGAGAAAUAAGCUGAGAAAAUUGAUGGAUGGGACUUCUAUUAAGAUCUAGAUAAAAGCAGUGAAGAAGAACACAGAAUAGCUCCUGACAGUGCUGGCAAUAACAUCCUCUUGACUCAUAGCGCCUGAAGGGGAGCCUUGUGUUACGUGGCGGGCUUUGUACAGGUUCAUUCUUCAUAUAUGCAGAGUCUUCUAGGCUGAACUCAAGCUGUGGGUGGAGAUGCUGAUCUGGGACUCAGAAAAUCCCGGGCAGCCUAUUUGAGAUGUCUACUCAAAGUGGCCAAGGUCUUCUCAUGAAGGGCAGACAGUGCUGAAUUUUGCUGUCUCCUGGCCAAGAACAAAAUAACCUGUCACUUCCUGACCGUGCGGUGUUGGUGAAGAUUUUUGGUAAGAAAGGAGCCGUUUUUCUUAAAGAUGCCAGAUAUGCAGGUGAUGUGGCCAGGAUUCUAGAGAACAGCCUGUGCCUAAAACCAGCCUCGAGAUGCCUAAAUUAGAAGCUUAGUCACACGGCCUGCCAGUUUAAUCAGCGUAGAAAGAUAGACGCCUCCAGAGAAUGGUAUAAAUCUUAGUGCGAGCGUAUCCUAAAUAUAGUUCUGAGGAAUCCACACCUGAGUCUGCUCUAUGUAUAAGUGGCUUUCCUGAAUGGGACAAAGGAAAUCUAGUGAGGAAUUUAAAAACAAAUGAUAAGAAAUUACUGCAUAUGCUGGGAACAAGGUAAUAGCAUAUUUGGACCACCCCGCUGUGUUUUUCUGCCUUAAGUAAAUACACAGAUGUAUAACAAUUAAAACAUUUAAAUAAAAUAGUAAAUAAUAGUGACAUGGAAUAAUACAUUCACAUUGAAUAAAUGCGAACAAAUAAAUAAAUAUGAAGACUAGAGCAAAGGAAUAAUAAUUUAUUUUAUUUUGACUUUAAGAAGUAAUGAAGUGUGACAGCUGUACUAGAAAUGGGUGAACACCAGAGAAUAAAAAUGAUAUAUAUAUAUACACCUGCUAUAAGUGUGUGUGUAUGUGUGUGUGUGAAUUUACAAACAGUGAGAAAGCAAUGGGAUAACUUUGAAAGGGAAAACAUACCUAGAGGAAGACAAAAUAUCAUCAUAUAUGUGGCUGGAGAACCUUGUGACCUUAUGGUUGUGUUUCAGAUACCAUUUCUAUGAGAAGUGAUUCUUUGCAGUCAUAGGCUUUUGUGUUUCAAGAUAAAGUUUGAUUUUUAUUUUUAAUAUAUUUUUUUUUUUAAUGUAAGGCACUCAAGAUUUAGUAUAUCUUUCUUCUAUUAAAUCUACAUGAAUAUUUUUAUGUGCUGCUAGUGAUGGUUGCAAACAUUCCAAGUCACAUUAAAGGGAAUGACAGCAAGGUGCAAAGAACCUCAGGAAAUCAAUGGCUUCAUGUACCCAGUUCUUGUGUUCUUGCAGCAUUUCCAUCUCAUUUCCACUGUUUCCAGCCUUGGAUUUCAUGUGCGUUAUGCCAAUUAAUAAACUUCUUUCAAUCUAGUACCUCUGUGCAGCCUUCAAAAGUAAUGUUUUAAAUUACGAUAGGAAAGUGGGGAAGGUAUAAACAACAACUGAUAGCACAACUCUGGUGGUGUGAAAGUCCCACUAACACAGGGAGUUUUUUCCGCCAAGAGGAACAUAUCACUUAAUGGGUUUAUUUUGAGGGAGGCUGUCAAGUCUCUGACUGACAAUAAUGUAGGAAGUUUCUUAAUGCUUAUGUGGGCUUCAUAAUAUCCAGGGAGUUAAGACAGAAAGAGAAAAAAUUGCCACGAUGUUAAUGACGCAUCUGACAUUUGUUUAUGCAUUCCUGUGUCCAGUUCACAUGCAGCUAAGAUCAGUACUCAUUUAAUAGGGCUUCAUCUUCUUGUCAUUAUUUAGUUAAAUAGGUACUUUUAAUGACAUAUACGUACAUAUCUUAUACACUUUUAUUUUACAUAAAUAGAUCCUAUGAAUUUCUCUUGCAUGUUUCAUAAACACUUCAGAUUAUAACACCUGAAAGAACUGUAUAAAGCUGACUGGAGCUGGUCUAUUUAUGCUGCAUGUUUGUAGUUUGGUCCUGAACUGCAGCAGGGUUGAAAAAGCUCCUUAAAUCCCAGGAUAACUGAGGAAACCUCACAGUCAGAAAGAAGAAUGCCAGCUUGCUUUUCCUCCGAAUUAAGAUUUUACAGCUUUUUUCUUAUGAUAUUGGUCUUCAAAAUGGAAACUGAUGCUAACCAGAAUCUAAUGAAGUGCAGCUGGACUUUAUUUCGAACAUCAGGAAUGUGGGGGUGAAGCAGAACUAAUACCAUUGCUCUGGAAAAGUACUUACACGAUUAUAAAAUGAUCAUACCCUAAAUGCAGGUGGUGUUCCAGUGAGAGCAUAGUAGAGGAAAUCAAGCUAUACUUGGGGGACAUGGUGAGCCUGGUCGACCCCCCAUAGAGUUCUUCUUGCUCCGUGUCCCUCCUGUGAAGAGUUCAGCCUGUUGCCACAAGGAUCGGCUGUUGUUGUGUGGUCCUUACAAGGAGAACCCACUUGGUGGGUUCCUUGCCAGGGCGUAUGUCACCCCCAAGACAUGUGAAGCUCUUCCACCUCCUCCAACACAAGAAGGGCACAAGAAAAUGAAGGAACAAAGGCGUGGCCAAGCUUUAAUGCUCCUGAAUGACAUUUCAGUUUUCUGUUGGCAGUCUGUUGGACUUGUGCCUGUCUUCAAUUCCCAGCCCUAAACAUGACGAUGUUGCUCUCAAAAGCCUUGGAGUUUUCUUGCAAUCUCACACAGGAACCAGUUUUUGCAAUCCACUUGCCUGCUAGACACCAUGGGAAACGCCUCCUUCACCCCAAGAUGAGAAGAUUGCCAGUGCUUAAUGAAGUCCCACUCCCUUCAAGAACAGUGACACUGACCCCAAAGUCUGAUUUUCUUUCAUCCAUUUUUACCUUGAAAAAUCCACUCUAUGGAGCUCUUUUCUCCCCUUGGACAGGAGAGGGGCUGAAGAGAGGAUAAUCUAGGGGAGGAAGGACAGCAUAGCUGCCAUCCUGCCAUUACUGUAGAGGCCAAAUGUCACACUCAGCAAUCUGAGCUUCUAGAAGGAACAUAAGGGUAGUGUGGUGUGAGCGUAAUGGCUUUUAGGCUGAAUUUGUUCCAGGCUGACUGAAAAAGAUAUCAGUAACACAGGGCAGGAAAACAUCUCUUAAGUUGUUAAGUCCAGCACUCUGCUAUCCUGGGUAGCCAUGUUAUAUAGUUUCCUUCAGAAAUGCAAGACUGUAUAGCUGAUUUAUCUUAAGAAGAUAAACCAGAAAACCUUAGGGUUCAUGUUCUUACAAAGAAAUGGCAUGAUGAGGCCUGCAUUGCUAAUCUGAAAAUGGAAAAAAACAGGACUGCUAAACUCAGAGGAAAGUGAACUAUGCCAUGCCAAAAGUGAAAGAGAAUGCAGAAGGUUUAGAUCAAUGUUAUACAACUCCAGCAGUUUCAUUCAUUGUACUAUUUUUACUCAUAGCUGCAGUAUACAAGAGCUGCAUACACAAACUGCAUAGAGAAGUAUUUUAAAUGCUUGUGGGCAGAAGAACCAUGAGCAUUUUUCACAGAACUGUCUCAGUUAAUCCUCAGGUUACAUCUCUGAAACUGCCUGCAGAGAAGCAAAUGCCACCCCAUAAACUUCCAGAAAAAAACAGCAAUUAAAGUUGUAAUUACUUCAGUACAUCCUGGUUUUUAAAGUAACACCUUCUGGAGGGAUUUCCUUUGCUGCAGAGUCCAGGUGAUGAACUGUCUGUUGCAUUUGAUUUAGACUACAGUCAUGAAUACUUUCUGAAGUUUAGUAGGUAGGAAAGAGAGGCUGAGAGCUCUCCAGCUCCAAACUGACAGGAUAUUCAUAAUUUUUGGAUUAGUUCCUCUUUCUGCAAAAUGCAGGAAAUGAUAUCAGUGUUGAAUUAUAUCCAUACUUGAUCUUCCAGGUCUGUUUGCUAUUUGUGGUGAAGACUAUUCAAUGUGCCUGAUGCUGGUGUGCUUGUCAUUUGGGUCCUCUGGCAGGAGCGGUAUCACAAGUGGAGGACUCUGUCUCUUGCUGAAAUCUUCUGCUCUGUCAAAUCAGCUGUUAAGGUUUUCUGUUACUGCACAGAUAGACCUGCUUUCCUUCUUUAGGUCUACAUUUCUCAACUGGGGAGAAUUUCUUCAUGAAAAAUAUUAAGUGGAGAGCAUGCAUAAAAUAAUCCUUCCUGUUUGUGUGCUCCAAGUUGUUGGUACCAGCAACUGAAAGACCACCUGUGUUGGAGGUUACAUCUGAAACAUGGUCUUCAGUAGCACUAGACAAGCCAAAUUUAACUUAUAAUUUUAAUUAUAAUUUAACUUAUAUCUCUUAAAAAAGAAUAGUUUUUUGUUGGUGGUCUAUGACCUGCAAACACUGAGGCAGGUGGUUGCAAAGAUUUCUUUUUCUAGCUUGAAAAAGGUGUUUCUAUAGUAUAGUGUCUCACAGCAAUGAUCCAGAUACCAGGAUCUGGAAAAAACAGCUGAAAAAAAUCGCAAACUAACACUUUCAAAGUUAAGGCAUCAGAGAAAACUGAUCAUUCAGAUGCCUGUGGUGGCUUUGUCCUUUGUGUAAGAAGGUUGCAGAAAUUUUGACAGCAGCCUCAUGAAACAUGCUCUGAGGAUUUCCUCCAUGCAAGCUCCUGGGAGGGAGAUACUGAACUGUCAUCAUGACAGGUUCAUCAGUGUAGCAGAGACUAACUCUGCAGUUCUGUCACCCUCCAGAUGGGAAGAAGAGCAGGAUAUCAGUCCGGCACAUCAGGACGAGUUUUACUUCUGUGGCAAUUGAUGCAGACAGGCAUCUGCCAUGAUGCUUAAGAGGAGUGAGGCACUUAACACCUUGACUUAAAAAAAAAGCUUUAAGGCAUAUCUGGAAAGCUCAGAAGGUGCCUAUCUCUACACCUUUAAAGCUUUAAUAUCCAGCCCUUGGUCUGUGUGUUUCUUCCCUCCCUAAGAGAUGGGGGCGAUAACACCUCUCCACCUCAGAAGGAUGCCUUUAGACUGGCCUUUUCAGUCUUUAAGUUGGAUAAACAAUGGAACAUGACAUUGCAAUACAGUAUCGGCUGUUAAAUAUCUGUGACUGCAGCAGAAUUUUCUCAAGGUCUGUUUCCUCUAUUGAGAUUUGUGAGCAAUCACUGACAUUUAAGUGAAAUGGAGAAAUGGAGACUCUGAAUUUUGUGAAGUUUUUCACAAUAUGAAAUCACAUUUUCCUUUGUAUUUUAUGUAAAUAUGUCUGCAUCUCUUCUGGCAGCUAAGCACAAUUCCCCUUAGGAAAACAUUUUGUAACAUGGAAACAAAACCUGUGUUGUUGUAUGCCCCAGAAACAUGCACUAUUCUUCUUCUCACUAGAUGGAGGUCCAGUGCCAUGAAAACUGUAGCUUUCUUGAUUCUUCCUAUUAGUGGUGAGGUUGAAAUUACUGCCAUGGUGAUCUAGACAAAGCUUUACAGUGUAUCUGUGUUCUCAGUAGAGAGCACAGAUAAAGGAAUGCAUAUUUAUACAUCUGUCAAAGCCUAUAAUACCCUCUGGUAAUAAAACAUUUAGACAAGGGAAUGUAAAAAAAAAUGCCAUAAAGCUGUAAAGAUUUAGAAGUAGAUGUUUAAAGGCAUGAAGAUUUUAUAAAAUCCAGCUGUACUGAAUGAAUUUCUUUUGGCAAAAGGAGAGCUAUUUAACAGAUCACAUCUGCCUGGAUGAUGCUGUAUUAAUCCUGACAGUAAAUUGCUGUAACUAAUCUCUUUAAUUAGGGAGAGUAAGGACUGCCAUUUAUUUUGCUUUUCAGUUUGUUUAGUAGUCAUCCUGCAAUGCCAGUGCAUUUAACACUUGUCAGUCUUCGUAUCAAAACGAAAACCUUUCUUGAGUGAUACUUGGCAAUUGCACAAAUGAGUCUUGUUUGGCCUCUUCCAAUCUUCCAGUGGCUUUGUCUUUCACUUCCCAGAAAGUCUGUAUCCUCUUUGUCCUCUUUAAACAUCUCUCAUAAUGCCAUGUUAGACUUCUCUGAGGAUCAUUUUUAGGACAGAAAAUGUGACAACAGGAUAAAGAAUCAAGCAAAUAGGGACUAAUUUGGGAUUGUUAUGUUAUCAGUUUGCAAGCUGAUGUGCUCUAAGGGUGGAUGGGCCAGUGCUUCAGGUGAUGGGAGAAAGAGGUCCAAUUUCUCCCUCUCCUCCAAACUUUAUGACAGAUCAGAUCGUUUCAGCUCAAUCAUACAAAUGAUGUUAAGGCCUAAAAUAUCAUUUAGGUCUGGUAUUUAAGCUACCAAGUUCAGAAUCUAGAUCCUGAAGAUCAGAUGUUUCUUAGCCUGGCAGUGACUCCAAAGUCUUACAAAAUUCUUUGUGUCUACAUCUCCCAGUGUGGGCAGUAUCUUUCUGGUGAAUGCUGGGUGGUACAAACCUACUUCAUGCCCACACUCCUAAAGAUUUCACAAAUUUGGAGUUCUUCAGUAUUUUGUCUAAUGCUCCUGCUUAUUUCUGUACUUUUUUUUUUUUUAGAUGUUUCAGUCUUAUCUGUGCAGAGGGUGCUGAUUGUUGUGAAUUCCCCAUCUACAUUGGGACUUAGAUACAUAAACAUAGCUGCCUAGUGCCACUGGAGAUGUCCUUGGUUACCAAGUCAUCAAUGUGGAGCAGAUAGAUACAACACAGUAUGUGUGGAGAUGUGUGUCUUCCUGGUGUGGCAUCUGUAGGCAAGAUGUGUUACCCUAAGGCAUCUAAAUACGUGCUGUCUGCCUGUGUUUGGGCACCUAAAUUGCUCUUGUUUCCAAUAAAGGAAAUCAAGGACCUGAUGAAGAAUCCUGCAUUCUACUGAAAAUUUACUGCAAGACUGCUAAAUAUUUUUAAGCCAUCUACUUUGGUGAAGGUAACUUUAGGAGGAACAUUAAGUGUAAACUAGGGGCCUCCAUACUCUACAGAGGUGAAAAUAACUUGCAAGUUAUGAGGUGCUGAGCUACCAAGGAUAUUGGGCUAACUAAACAUUGUCAUUAAAACAACCUAGGUAGGCAGCUCCACAUCCCUAUCCAGGACAUUUCAGCCCUACUGAAUCCCAUUGGGCUUGCAGCAGACUCAGCACGAGCUGCAAGAUCAGGGCUGAGUUAUGAGCUGUGAAAGAUUCGUUCACUUUGCAAAUUAAUGAACAUUUCAUUUUGUUGAAUUUGGGAUGGGUGAAAUAAAUUUAAUAAUAAAAAGGAGCAUGGAUACUUCAACUUAUAAUCCAUUUAGACCAGAAUUCCUAAAAUAUAAUAAAUUGUUGUAUAAUUUUCACUUUGAUACCUUUGCCAAGUCUCUUCCCCCUGUUAUCUAUGAUGCCAGCUAAUUUUAGCCAGGUGUGAAAACGGGUAAAGUGCUCAAAGAUAUUUUCCUUGUCUAAUGGAAAUAAAUAUCAGGAUAAAUGAGAAGUUUGACUCUUCUGAAGAAGGCACAGCUCAGUCAUUGUAAUCUUCUUUCAUAGCAAUCUCCUGGCUAAUAAGGCUUGCACACAACAGGUUGGCCUAUCCACAUGGACCCAGCUCCAGAUGAGUCAUGGUCACUGAUUUCUUUUUUCCCAGCGGGUGUAUUAUAAGCCCAAGUGGACAAACUGGGGUGAAAAGCAGGACAGGGCUAAGAGACACAGCAUAAAUUCGUGUUUCCAGGCCUCUUUGUUUCUCUGCCCAUGCAGCAUUUUAUUUUGGUUUUGCUUCAACCAAUUACUUUCAUGUUUACUCAUACAUUUUCUCUCUCACUGAUUAUACCAUAUUUACGUAUAAACAAUGGAUAUUUUCCAUGAUUUAAACUGUAAAUCUCCUCUCAAAAGUGCAGGUCAUGCAGGAGCAGCUUGACUAGGAAGGCAGGCUUAGAGUUUUUCUAGGUAAUAGCACAGUUAUUCUUAGUGCUCUCUACAUUAUCUUUGGCCUGACAUACACCACACAUAUGCCUAUAAAAGAGAACAAUUCUGAAGUUUUUCAGAGAUAGUUAUGGUAUAUUAGUUUUUAUGACCCAUUUCCAGUUGCUAAGAUUGUAUUUUUGAAAAAUGUGCUGAGCCCAUUAUGUCUUUUUCUGGAUUUACACUUUAUUCAGUGAAUAUGAAUUAUUGCAUUGUCUUUAUUAAAUAAAUUAGACAUACCUUGCCAGUUAUUAAUUAUAAAAGAGUAAAAACUUAUGAAAACUAGUCUUCUUUGUUUCUGACUCUGCUUAACAAAUUGCUUGCUCAAAUAUGAGAACUAUUAAGUUGAGUAGCCACAUUAUUAGGAUUAUUAUUAAAAUAAUCACCUUAAGCAAAAGUGAAAAAAAAAUUUCUGCAGAGAGGAGCAGAUGCUGAUGACUCCAAACAUGAGAUUGAAAGAUUAUUAAUUUUAAAGAUAAAUUUUCAAAUUUCCUUUAAAGUGUAAACCUAGUCUGAGUUGUCUGAAAAUUGUUAGAACUAUCCCAAAACUUAGACAAAAUGUAUGAUAUAAUAUGGGAAUUAUUUCAUCAAAGGGCAUGUGAGAGAAGUACACCCACUUCCACAAAACAUUCUCUAUAAAAAGUGUUACUUUUUUU